AUGCCUGACAGAUCAUACCACCGUGACCACGGCCGAGGCCCAAAACUUCAGUUGAAGGAGGAGUUUGUCUCCACCUGGAGCCGAGAGGGUACAGGCAGAAAACCCCUCAAGGACUGCAUGGUCGUCACGUGGGCAAAGGAAGACAUCCGCGUGAAGGAGAGCAGGCGCAGGAGGCCGAAGCAGAGCGCGCAUCCAGCUGCAGGGCGCGGCCAGAAGAAAACUCAACGGGCCACAGCGCUGGACAAGCCGGCAUCGCAGCCACCGGCGAAGAGGCAGACCACCCAGUACCCACCCAGACCCCUUCAGGUCAAAGACUUAGUAGCUGUCGCAUUCAAAGAGUCUUUGUACCUAGGAUAUGUGACUAAGGUGAACGCUUGGUUUCCGAUGAUGACGUUCCAGGCCAUGUACCGAGGGGUGCUCCUCAUACUGGCUGUGGGAGGAACUGCAAUCCUCCAGUCGUCUGCUGCUCCUGAGAAAAGGGAUCUGUCAGUUGCAGGGAAGGCUGAAUCCUUCAUGGAACGACUGGAAGGCUGCUCCGGUGGAUACCGGAUGCGUAACGGUGUCUGCUACAAGGCCUUCAACACACGAAAGAACUUUCACGAUGCGUCUUCGACAUGUGUGGCUGAUGGAGGGACCCUCGCUAUGCCGAAGGAUGCCGGUACCAAUGCCUUCCUCCUCUCCCUGAAAAACGCUGUGCACAGGGCUGGCUGGUUCUGGUUCGGCUUGGUGGAUCAUCACCAGGAGGGACGCUGGGAGUGGAUAGAUGGGACACCCCUAGGCUUCAGGGCAUGGGGCCCAGGAGAACCCAACAACGCAGGCGGCGAGGACUGCGCCGAGUACUUCCCUACAGCAUGGAACGAUGCGCCGUGUUCUAGGACUGACAGAAAAUUCAUCUGCCAGAAAAUCCCCACAGGUUGUCCAGGUGGUUAUAUUUAUCAUCAACCCAGUCGCCAGUGUUACAAGGCCUUCAACGAGAAGAGAACAUACAGCGGUGCUGUUGCGAGGUGUUCUGCAGACAGGGGAACCCUUGCCAUGCCCCGCGACACCGCCACCAACAAGUUCCUCAUCUACCUGAAGAAUGCCGUCGACAUCAACGGUUUGUUCCGUUUCGGACUGACUGACAACCACCGGGAGGGAGGCUGGAAGUGGGCCAAUAACAUUCCUCUGGGCCCCUUCAAGGCAUGGGGUCCAGGAGAACCCAACAACUAUGCAAACGAGGACUGUGCCGAGUACAACGCUGGGAUUGUCGCGGCCCCAUACUCAUCCAUUAAGAACAUGUGGAAUGAUUUCGAGUGUUCAAAUGCCAACAGGAAGUUCAUCUGUCAAGUCUCGCCAGUUACAUGUCCGGCGGGCUAUCGACCUUUCCAGCAAAACUGCUUCAAGGCCUUCCCCCAAACCAAACCUGACUACACCUGGGCCAUGAAGGCCUGCCAGGCAGAAGGCGGUAGGCUGGCCAUGCCGAAAGACGCCGCCACUAACGCGUUCCUGGUCCAGCUGAAGAAUGCGGUACGAAACGACGCCGCUUUCUACAUCGGACUGAGUGAUCAAAACGCCGAAGGACAAUGGCGCUUUGCUGACGGAACUGCAUUAGGUUCCUACAACAACUGGAACCCCGGGGAACCAAAUAAUGUAAGGAAUGAGGACUGCGCCACUUUGCUGCCAGGAUAUGGAGGCAAGUGGAACGACUUGUCUUGCUCCAGCAAUCUACGGUACAUCUGCCAAGUUUCACCAAUCAGGCCUGGAGGAACCUCGGGGCUACGUCGAGUCUGUGAACACCAAACACUGACCAUCAGUUGUCCUGCUGGACGACAGAUCAACAUCGUGUCUGCCCUGUACGGCCGGACCUCCCGUGGCUUUUGCCCCAGCAGCCAAAUCCGCACCACCAGCUGCCGAAGCCCCAACAGCCAGGUUUGGGUCAGGGGAAGCUGCCAGGGAAGGUCCAGCUGCUCUGUGAGGGCCUCCAACAGCGUGUUUGGGGAUCCUUGUUAUGGCACCUUCAAGUACCUGGAAGUGAGCUAUACUUGCAUCGCAUGUUCUGGAAAGAGGGAGAUGCCUGACCCAGGGGAGCCUGAUUCAUGGCCAGAGGAGCCUGGGAUAGGAGAGGCUGACCCACAGGAGCCUGAGAUAGGAGAGCCUGGCUCACAGGAGCCUGAGAUAGGAGAGCCUGGCUCACAGGAGCCUGAGAUAGGAGAGCCUGGCUCACAGGAGCCUGAGAUAGGAAAGCCUAGCUCACAGGAGCCUGAGAUAGAAGAGCCUGGCUCACAGGAGCCUGAGAUAGGAGAGCAUGGCCCACAAGAGCCUGAGAUAGGAGGGGCAAACGAAGUCCGAGAGGAGGACAUGUUGGAGAAGGCUCUGGAGAUGCUGGAGAAUGAAGUCCGCGCUGAAGAAGACAACUUGGAGUACGGCCUGGAAGAGUGACACCUACAG